UGCAAAUCUUUGUUCAUUAAAGACAGUUAAAUUGGUUGGUCAAAAUAGCCAAACAAUAAUCAAAACUAUAAGCGUCGAUUGAUAACAAUAAACAACACAUUUUCCAACCGAAGAGCGAUAUAACUAUUAGUAUUUUUGAUUAUUGUUACAUGCUUUCCUUAGGUGUCAGUAUGAAAUCAGAAUUCCAAGCCUACAUUACAUCGGGUAAACGAUAUAAGUAAUCGUGCUGAAAUAUAACUGUAUUAAAUCCAAACCUAAAAGAAAGAAGCAACCACAUGUAAGUCACUUGGUAAAUACUAACUAACAAAAAGAAGAAGAGAACAAGCUAUUUAUUCAUUCUAUUAACAUUAGUAGCCAAAAACUGUCUGUCAAUAUGACGGUUUACAAUGAAAACAAUAAGUCCAUUGAAUUAAUGGAGAAUUUCUAUGUUAGUAACAAGAACAAAAAGAAACACAAUUUAAAAAUCCAAGUAAAAUUAAACGAUACUGGGAUAUAUUUGAGACAUGAAACAACAGAAGGAGGUCACUUCACGGAACAAUUAAUACGCCUUGAGGACAUUGUGGGAAGUAACUGUGAUAACCAUAUACGAAAACGACUUCGCGGUGGAUUAGGUUCUUGUAAACGAGAUCGUGAUGAUGAUGAAGCCCACCAUCAUAGUGAAAAUAAUGCCGAUAAUGAUUCGAAAGAUUUGAGUGCCUACCUGUAUAUUUUUGCCUACAUACGGAAGGAAAAGCCUUUAAAACGUGAACGUGUGGUGCGAAUUUUGAGAUUUAGAUCAUUCCUAAGCUUCGAAGAGAAUUUAAAAUGCGCUGAACGUUGGCAUAAUGCCAUUAAAGUAAACAAGCGAGCCUCUGAUGAUAGAAGACCUCUGCUAAUACUUUUAAAUCCCAAAUCUGGUUCUGGCAAAGGAAGACAACUAUUUCAAAAUGAAGUCGCUCCGAUUCUAAAGGAAGCAGAAAUACAAUAUGAAUUUAUAGUUACUACGCAUACCAACUAUGCUCGCGAUUACAUCAGACAACGCAAGGAUAUCGCACAAAGUUAUAGCGGCAUUGUAGUGGCUUCGGGUGAUGGUCUCUUUUUCGAAGUACUUAAUGGUAUCAUGGAGCGAUUAGAUUGGCGUCUUUUGACCCACCAUUUACCAUUAGGUAUUAUACCUUGCGGUUCAGGUAAUGGCUUAGCAAAAACUAUAGCCCAUUUAUACAAUGAACCGUUUGAGCCGAAGCCCAUUCUUCAUGCAACAUUAGCAUGUGUGUCGGGUAAAAAUACUCCUUUGGAUGUAGUCCGCAUUGAAUUAGCUAACGGAGAUAAAUAUUUAGAAAUGUACUCCUUCCUCUCGGUAGGCUGGGGCUUAAUCGCCGACAUUGACAUAGAAAGUGAAAAAUUGCGUUCAAUAGGAGCUCAAAGAUUCACCUUGUGGUCUAUACAUCGUCUAUUGCAUUUGAGAGCGUGCAAAGGAAAGGUAUCUUAUUUGCCUUGGCGGCAAAAUGAAUCAAUUACCAAAACGAGAACGGAGGACAUAUCAACUAAACAAGCAGUGAAUGAAGAAGCAAAAGCACCGCAUUCAAUUCUUAAGCAUUAUCACGAUUUUCAAGAGGAGGAAAAUGACUCUGAUACUAUACUGGAGAACAGUGAAUUUGUUGAUAUAAUUUCACACUCAAGCAGAAAAUACAAUGGAGAUAGUUGGCAAUCAGCUGAAUCACGUAGAACUGCGUAUUAUUCCUUGGCCGGCCAAAGCACGCGCUCACAGCGCAGCAUUACUGCCAGUGUUCUUAGCAAAAUUGAAGCAGCUAAUACAGAACUCGAGGCAAAAGCUCUUCAAUCGCAUUUACCACCUUUAAAAUCACCACUGCCAGCAGAUUGGAAUACUGAAGAAGGAGAAUUUAUUAUGGUUCAUGCUGCUUACACUACGCAUUUAGCAGCCGAUUGCUUAUUCGCUCCUGAAUCUAAAUUAAAUGAUGGGAUUAUUUAUUUAGUAAUAAUUCGUGCAGGCAUUUCACGGGUUCAGUUAUUGAAUUUUCUAUUAAGUAUGAGUUCUGGGACUCAUUUGGACGAAGCUCCUUCUUCACAUGUUCAAGUAUUGCGGGUAACAGCGUUUCGCAUAGAGCCUCAUAACUCUGAUGGUAUUAUAACAGUCGACGGCGAACGAAUGGAAUAUGGAUCCAUACAAGCGGAAAUGUUUCCAGGCUUGAUAAAAGUAAUGGUACCCAAUACAAGCGUAAUUAAGGCCGAAUGCAUUGAUGAAUAUGAUCAGAAUAAGGGCGCAUGCGAAGUAAAUGAAAAUCCUUGAUUGUAUUAUAUAUGUAACAGUAUGCAAUGAUAACAUUAUUUAAAUUUUUAAUAUUCAUUUUUUUUAAAUAAAU